AUGUGCCAACAACAAGAGGCCGCGGAACGUCAUCAACAGCAACUUCUUCAGCUGCUUCUUGAUCAACAAGAGCAGCAAAAGCAAGAAAUCGUCAAUCAACGAGAACAACGAGAAAGGAAACUUGCCUCUCAGUUAGAGCAGCGAAAAAGAGAACAAAAACAACGAGAAAGAGAUCUCGCCUCUCAGUUGGAGCAGCUUAGAGCAGCGAGAAGAGAACAAAAACAACGAGAAAGGGAACUCGCCUCUCAGUUGGAGCAUCAGAGGCUAGAUAGAGAAGCUCAAGAACGAUCCAAAACCAGUCUUCAUGAACUGUUCUGGACGACUGUGGCGGCUCUUCAGGCUGUCCAUCAGGUGAACGGCUCAGGAGAACCGGCCGUCACCCCUCGAGGUUCCAGAGUCGCUACUCCGCUUCCCUCUCCUGUUCCCGUUCGCGCUGUUCAGGAGGUCCAACAGCCAGGACGGUUCCAGGAUGUUCGAGACUCAAGAUGGAAAGAUUCCAUGGGCAGAGUAUGA